AUGUCCAACGCCGAGGCCUGGAAAAGACGUUCCAUAUACCAAGUCCUCACCGACAGAUUUGCCAUAGAAGACGAGAACCGCCAGAUUGGAGGCUCAGAUCAUGGGAUUAGAGAUUAUUGUGGUGGAACAUGGAGGGGAAUAAUAUCUAAACUUGAUUACAUCCAAGGAAUGGGUUUCGACGCCAUAUGGAUUUCACCCGUUUGUUUCUUCAGCAUCACCAAUGUAUUAACUUCAGUCACUAACUACUCUCUUCAGAUUUCUAAGAAUAUCGAAGAAGUGACCGAAUAUGGAGUUGCCUAUCAUGGAUAUUGGACCGAGGACAUUUAUUCAGUAAAUCCACAUUUUGGAACUGCAGACGAUUUACUCGCCCUGUCGGAUGCGUUGCACGCACGGGGAAUGUUCUUGAUGAUUGAUGUGGUGGUCAAUCAUAUGGGUUCACCCCCUACCGUGGAUUAUUCCAGAUACGUACCUUUCAAUGAUUCAUCAUACUAUCAUCCAAAGUCGAUGAUCACCAACUAUGAUAAUCAACAGGAUUGUGAGGAAGGAUGGUUGGGGGACGGUCAUGUGUCUUUGCCUGAUCUCAAUACCGAAGAUCCUAAUGUGGUAAUCACCCUUCAGAGUUGGAUCACCAAAAUUGUACAGAAGUUCAAGAUUGAUGGUCUGAGAAUUGAUACCGCCAAACAUGUCAGAAAGAAUUUUUGGCCGGAUUUUGUUCGGUCUGCGGGGGUUUGGUCUUUGGGUGAGGUACUAUCAGGAGAUCCUGACUACCUAAGCGCAUAUCAACCAUACAUCGGAGGACUCUUAGAUUAUGGGACGUAUUAUCCUUUGAAGAGAGCCUUCAAUAGAGAUGGUGGAAGUAUGUACGAUCUUAUCAACCUCCUCACUCCUGAAUACCGAUCCAAAUUCUGCGACAUGCAGCAAAUGUCGACUUUUAUGGAGAAUCACGACAUGCCGCGGUUUACCCACGACACGAACGCAGAUUUGGCUGUCGUGAAGAAUGCUAUGGCAUGGACUUUACUCACAGAUGGUGUGCCAAUCAUUUACUACGGACAAGAGCAAUCCUAUUCUGGAGAUGGGGAUCCUGGCUCCCGAGAACUGAUGUGGACAUCCAAGUAUAACAUUACUCCACUAUACCAGUACAUCGCACGUUUGAAUCAGAUCCGAAAGCUGAGUUGGGAUUCCGGUUUCGGUACCCAUCUAACCACACGUCUUUAUGUUGACGACCACAUUGCUGCUACGCAAAAGGGCCCUCUACUCAUGGUACUGACCAACCAAGGUAGCCAAGCGAAACCCAAAAAGAUCUCCGUACCUACCAUGUUCAAAAAAGGUACCAUAUUAGUCGACAUCCUCACAGGAGAAUCAUUCACCGUCAAACGAUCCAUCAAAGUCACCAUAGCGGCCGGCGAACCUCGAAUUUUCCUCCCUCUUCGUCUCGCAAAGGAGAUAUGCGAGAAUAUUACACCACCGACCCAAAGUCUCAUAUCUAGAUUCUUCACUAACCUAUUUAGUUUCGGGUCAGCUUCACAAUCGCAAGCGGCUGCUGAAAUCACCAGUUGGCCACACGGGGAUCCGGUUUCACAUGGAGAUAUUAUACUUAAAGAGAAGGAUCCGGUUACAGACCAGACAGAGGCUAAGAUUUUAGUGCCGAGUGUUGAGCAGAGUUCAUCUCCAUGGUCUAUAUUUUAUACGCGUACGUCGGGAUAG